UUGGUGACCAGAAGGGAAUGUUCAUCUACCUCCAACACGGUGUGUGGCUGUUCUCCAGGUUAUUUUUGCACUGAUAUGAAAGAUGAUGACUGUAAGCAGUGUGUGCCUCAUCAAGUUUGCAGCCCUGGACAAUAUGUGAAGUCUAAAGGAACAGAGAGAAACAACACCAUCUGUGAAAAGUGCCAGGCAGGGACAUUUUCCACGAAUGGGACCCUGGACCGAUGUUUGACAUGGACCAAUUGUACUGCCCAGGGUCUGUAUGAAGAAAGGCCAGGCACCACCAUCACUGAUGCAUGGUGCUCACAGGACAGUCACCAUCAAAACAUAUACAUCAUCAUCAUCAUCAUCAUCAUCAUCAUCAUCAUCAUCAUCAUCAUCUUCCUCAUACACAUCUACAUUUGGUGCAGAAACUAUUGUUUAAAAUGAGGUAAGCAGUAAUAUAAAGAGGGUAGAGCAGUGGGGACUUUGCCCCAGGGCAAUGAAUUUAGAGGCUCUGACCAGAAUAGGAACUCUUUACCAUUGUAGCAACCACAGAUCUCAAUACCUAAAUCAAACAUUCAUUCAGUGUUAUCUAGGGAAAUUGUAGAGAAUUGUAGAUAGUCCAGAUUUAUCCAGAUUUUGACUCCCAGCAACAGAAUCCAGGAAUAUUCUAAACUGCAGCUGUUACAGCUGACCAUCUUAUGCUCACUAUCUAUGUAAAUGGCAUACCAUUGAAAGGGCAGGUAGACACAGGUACAGAUCACACAGUCAUUAGAGGUGCCAAUUGGCCCAGUCACUGGUCAAAGAUUAUGGGACACCUAUAUAUCUGGCAUAGGAGAAUCAAUAGCAGUUGAAGUUAGUCUAUCCCUUUAAAAUGGAUAUUUGAAGGUGAAAACCACCAAGUCCCAGAGAACAUGCUAUACCUACUUGGUCCAUACCAAACAUCAGUCCAGGGUCCCAUUCAUGGAAAAUGUCCCUACCUGGCACUUUUCACAGAUGGUGUUGUUUCUCUCUGUGCCUGAAAAAGAAGAAGGCAUGGGAUAUGUGAUGCUCAGCAUAGUAAUAAGAACAAAAUGUUAGAACAGCCUCCCUGGAUUGGUUAAUCCUUUCCCUGGAAGCUCUUUGUCAGAACAAAGAGUAUUGAGAACAAUUCCAUGAAACACUCCCCCCCAACCUGUGGAAAAAAUUAUUAUUUUUUAAAAAUAUAUUUUGUUUUUGUAUCACCUACAUUACCCACCAUUUCUUUGGUUUAACAACCAACUCUUUAGAGAAAAAAAAAAAGAAAGAAAAGAAAAGAAAAAAAGAAAAUGGCACAUUAUAUUUAACCAACAUUCUAAAAAUUUCCCCAUCACUUUCUCAAAACUAAGCAACUAACAAAAUAAUAAAUUAAGCUCUGAUUUAUCCUGUUACAUUAUUUCUGAAGUGCUAAAUGCUCACAUUAAAAAUUUAACAAUCAGCUCUUAGGUGAAGAGUUCUGACUGAUUCCAUCGUGCCUCUGACAACUUAUCUUACCCAAUGAGUCAUCUUUUGUAAUAUAAAAUCUUUAAAAAGAAAAAAAAAAGUUCCGCAAACAAAGCAGCAAAUCAAAAAAUUGUAACAUUAUUUGUUGUGUUCCAUACCCAUAACCUCCCACUUCUUCACAGAAGCUAGAGAUAAAAAUGAAGUAGAGUAUUGAAUCUCUCAGUGGAUAGAGAACUGGUCUUGGAGUCGAGAAAAUUUUAAUUCAAUUCUGGGCAAAUCACUUAACCUCUGCUUACCUGUUUCUGCUACUAUAAAAGGGGAAUAAUGAUA